UUUUUGAGUUGUGACAGUUUUCUAGUAAAUGAGCGAUAUAAUAUCUUUCUUAAAUACAGCCCAAUUCAGUAAUAACUAAAUUAUUGUUAUUCAAAUCGAAGGCAGAAAAAUUUACAUCCCUAUAUUCCCUAAGACCACGACAAAAAAGGGAGCAAUCCACAACAAUUUUAGCUGUAAAUUUGGGCAACAAGUUGUCGCCACAGACCGCUACGCUGGGAAAAAUUAUGAACUUGUGUUCUUCUGCCGGUACGACAGCAUCAACAUCAUCUUUGGCAGGUGUAGACAGUUCUAACGAAGGUGGCAGAAGUGGUGUUGGAAGUGUUUUGACCACCCAUUGUUUCGGCAGUAGCAGCAACAGCAGCAGUAGCUGCGCCGCAGCUAUAACGACGAGUCUCACAACUAACCAAGGAAAUAGCGGCAGUGGCAGUGCUUGUGGUGGCGGUGCCAGCGGCAGUAGCCUUGGCAACAACAACGAAAUGCCACCGGAAACACGACCUAAGGUGGUGACAGUUAAACACCCCGAAUCUAACAAGCCUAAGCCUACGACAAAGAAAAGUAAACCCAUACAAGCUGACCAGGAUGUCGUUAAAGCGCUUCAACGUUGCCGGGAAGAAGGCAUAAAACGUUUGGAUUUAAGUAAAUCCUCCGUCACAGUUAUACCAACAUCAGUGAAGGAGUGCAUUCAUCUUACAGAACUUUAUUUGUACAGCAACAAAAUUAGUCAACUACCUAGUGAAAUUGGGUGUUUGGUUAACUUAAAGACACUUGCAUUAAAUGAAAAUUCUUUAACUUCGUUGCCAGAAUCAUUGCAGAAUUGUAAGCAGCUUAAAGUUCUUGAUUUAAGGCACAACAAGCUUGCCGAAAUACCGGCGGUAAUAUAUCGUCUGCGUUCACUGACCACACUCUAUUUGCGAUUCAACCGUAUUAUAGCGGUAGCCGCCGAUAUACGCAAUUUAACUAAUUUGACUAUGU